CCGAGGCCUUAUCCACCUCUCCUUCUUGUUGUCUGCUGCAGAAACCCAAAACCCAGCAAAACAGCCCUCUCAUCUCACCCUUCAACAAUGGCGAUGCUGCGACUAAUCUCGAGACCCGUCAUCCUGUCCUCCCUCCUCUCCCCCAGAGCAUCUUCAUCCUCCAUUUUCUCUCCCUACAUGCCCUACUCUCUCUCCUCCUCCUCCUCCUCCAUCUCCAGAGCCUUCCUCAAGCCACUCGCCGUCUCUCUCGCCGCCGUCCCCCGACUCUCCGAACCUCCAGGAUCCGCCUCCUACGGCGACCUGGACCCCUACCUUUCCUGCUCCAUGCCGGACAAGCAGCUCAGGAUCGCCGUCCUCCUCAGCGGCGGCGUCGACAGCAGCGUCGCCCUUCGCCUGCUCCACGCCGCCGGCCACUCCUGCACCGCCUUCUACCUCAAAAUCUGGUUCCAAGAAGAUUUCGAGAACUUUUGGUCGGAGUGCCCUUGGGAAGAAGACUUGAAGUAUGCUAAAGCUGUUUGUGAGCAGGUUAAUGUGCCUUUGGAAGUUGUCCAUUUGACAGAGGAGUAUUGGCAAAACGUGGUGUCUUACAUAAUUGAGGAGUACCGCAAUGGUCGAACUCCUAAUCCUGAUGUCCUCUGCAACACAAGGAUAAAGUUUGGUGCCUUCAUGGAUGCCAUUUGCAGUAUGGAGUAUGACUUCAUUGCUUCUGGCCACUAUGCAAAAGUUGUCCACUCUUCAAAUCAUAUAGAGAAUGCUUCUGAGUUGAAAUUGUCAGAGGACAUGGUGAAGGAUCAGACAUACUUCCUUUCGCAUCUCUCACAGGCCCAGCUGAAGCGACUAAUUUUCCCUCUUGGUUGUAUUUCAAAAGAUGAAGUUCGAAAACUUGCUGCCAGAUUUGAUUUGCCUAACAAAGAUAGAAAGGAUUCACAAGGGAUAUGCUUUCUUGGGAAGAUAAAGUUCAGUGAGUUUGUUGCCAGACAUAUUGGGGAGAUGGAGGGUGUCAUAUUAGAAGCUGAGACUGGGGAUUUCCUUGGGAACCAUCGUGGCUUUUGGUUCUACACAAUUGGUCAACGGCAAGGACUACGUCUUCCUGGAGGACCUUGGUAUGUUGUGGAGAAGGACACUAAGUACAACGUUGUUUUUGUGUCCCGAAAUUACUUCUCAGUUGAUAAAAGGAGGCGCCUUUUUCGUGUUGGCUCUCUUAAAUGGCUUAUGGGGGCACCUCCAACUGCGAUCAGUCAGCUCCGAUGCAAGGUGAGACACGGUCCUGGUUUCUACAACUGUAGCUUGUCUCUAGAAUUGGGUGAGAAUGGCCAGGAAGAUGUCGCGGUGGUUCAAUUGCCCGAAGAUGAUCAAGGCCUGGCAGCAGGGCAGUUCACAGCCUUUUACCAAGAUAGAACAUGCAUUGGUUCAGGUGUUAUUUUGGAAUCUUGGAAUGACCAGGGCUUCCCUCUCUGCCAGAAGGCUCUUGAGAUCGCUAGAAUGGAGGAUAAGUCGAAACUUGGAAAACCAGUUAAGAUUAAGGUAAAACCAGAGGGCAUUAUUGGCUAGUUUUAUGGGAAAAGUUCAAUUUGAACAGCAAUGCCUUAUGGCACGAAGCCCUUUCCAUGCUGAUUUGGCUGGAAAAAUGAAGUUGGAAUUUGCUGAAAACCAGCUAUAAGACCAGAGGAUGGUGGAGAUUAGCUAAUUCUGGCUAGUGGAUGGUGGAGAAAUCACAAGAUACUGCCUUUCAUAUAUUGUAUGUAGCAAAAAGAUCUUUCGGGGUUGAAAGGCGAUGAGUUAUCCGAUACACUAAGUUCAUCUUGCAGUAUUUCAGCUCUGCUUUGAUUUUGUGUCCAAGAAAAGUUAUAUUUUUCCCCAAGGCUUUCUUUUGGGCAUAUUUUCAAGCCGAAAGCUAGCAAGAAGUGCCUGAUUGUGUAGAGUACUCUGCAAUCAUUUCAUGUAAUAGUCUGAAGAUGUGU